AUGGCUGAUGUUGUUCAUCGUAUCAAUGAACUAACACAUACGCGUCUCUCAUGGUUUGGUUGUUCGGACGAUGACUCUUGUAACCGUCUCAAUCAUCGUCACACUGUUUUAAUCUUAUUAAUCUUCUCAGCUAUUUUAACUUCACGUUUAUUUAUAUCAGAUUUAAUUAUUUGUUGGACACCGGGUGAAUUCACAGGUAAUUUUGUUUCCUACACACGGCAUUAUUGUUAUGUAACCAAUACUUAUUAUAUAUCUGUUAACGAAACGAUUCCGACAUUAAGUAAUGCUCAUAUACGUCGAAAGCGUUCAAUCUAUUAUUACCAAUGGUUACCGAUCUUGCUUGCAUUUCAAUCCUUACUUUUCUUAAUUCCGCGGUUGAUAUGGAGCAGUUUUAGUUCACGAUGUGGCAUCAAUUUGCAGCAUUGUCUAUCGCCUCAAUUCGAUUACCGUACAAGUCGUUAUAAAGUUCAUCAUAUCACAACGAUGCUUCGUCUGCUGUCACGUGCUAAACAGCACGAUUUCGAUCGUAUGACAGCAACGAAUCCGAUGAAUAGGACAAGUUUAACCGCGAAUAUACAUCUACUGAAAACGUUUUGUAUUCCAUUUUUAUUUCUCAAUGAAAAUCCAUUUCAUGGUUAUUAUCUUGCAAAUUUGUUUCUUGUUGUGAAAAUACUUUUUCUAAUCAAUUCAUCUCUACAAUUAGUAUUUUUGAAUACGUUAUUAACGAAGAAUUCUAUUUUUUAUGGCUUGGAAGUUCUGGAAAAUUUCUAUCGAGGAGAAUACAUCGUCGGAUCGCGCAUAUUUCCAAUUAAUGUCUAUUGUGAUUUUAACAUCAUCAAAAUCGGUCAACCGACUCUCUAUACCGUUCAAUGUUUAUUACCAAUGAACGUAUUUAAUGAAAAGAUCUUCACCAUCAUCUGGUUCUGGUUAGUUUUCCUCACUAUAACCAAUUUAAAAAGUGUUUUACUCACAAUCCUGCGAAGUAAUUUUCCUCAAUUCAAUUAUGGUUAUGUUACCAACUACUUAGAUUUAUAUUCAAAGCGUGAACGUUUCAAACGCCACACGCUCGUUAAACGUUUUAUAUUCGAUUAUUUAUCAGCCGAUGGGAUCUUAAUUCUAAGGCUGAUCUCGGAAAAUAUCAGCGAUUUACUAACUAGUGAAGUGAUCAAUGAACUUUGGAAUGAAUACAAGAAGUUAUCCAAUCUAUCGCCGACCAAUCGAGAACGAUAUCAACGUUUGAGAGGAACCAAUUCUCCAUCGAUCGAGACAGUUCCAUCAACAAAAAGUCUUCAUUAUCGUCAUAUGUUUCGAUAA